CCCCAUUGGACGGCUCGUCGGCAGGACUCUGGAUAAACACAUGGGGCAUCUGCCUCAACUAAAUAUAACUUGGGACAUGUGGCAGGGAGCAGCGCCCUCGCCCCUACAACAAAGCCUCUCUCGUGCCCGCCGUCUUUUGAAGAAAACUGUGCCCACAGCUUUGGGGGUCCCGUGAAGAUGCCAGCCCCCCAGAAACGGAACAGAGUCCGGGACCGGAACAACGUCCUGGCGCGACCGGAGUUCAUGUCCCUGAACCAGCCGGGUACAUCGCCCCAGGAGGGCAGAAACUUCAACAGGAAGCAGAGCGGGCAGUACGGCAACCCCAGCGAGGGCGCCCGCGAGAGGCGGCAGAGCCAGCAGCUGCCGGAGGAGGACUGCAUGCUGCUCAACCCGUCCUUUAAAGGCAUUGCCUGGAACUCCCUCGUCGCCAUAGAUAUCGCCAUGUCCAAGAGGCUCGGCGUCUGUGCCCACAGCACCUCGUCUUGGGGCAGCGCCCGCUCCAUGGUCAAGCUCAUCGGCAUAACCAGCCACGGCUUCCCCUGGAUCCUGGGCACAGUGAUCUGCCUGUGGAAGAGCAACACGCUGGCCGGCCAAGAAGUCCUGGUGAACCUGCUGCUGGCGCUUCUUCUGGACAUUCUCACAGUGGCUGGACUACAGAAGUUGAUGAAACGCCGCGGUCCGUAUGAAGUCAAUCCUAGUAUCUUGGAUUAUCUCGUUCUCGAUGUCUAUGCCUUCCCAGCUGGACAUGCCAGUCGGGCCACUAUGGUGUCCAAGUUCUUCCUCAACCAUCUAGUGCUCGCCAUCCCUUUGCGGGUUCUCCUGGUCCUGUGGGCCUUCAGUGUUGGAGUGUCUCGCAUUAUGAUUGGCCGGCACCAUAUCAGUGAUGUCAUGGGAGGAUUUGUGACUGGUUACCUGCAGUUUACCUUCGUGGAGGUUCUUUGGCUCUCGUCGAGUACAUGUCAGAUGUUGUCUUCGUUAUGGUGAGUGUCUCCAUGGAGACACGGGACUUCGCGUUAUUUCUCUGUUCUGGAAUAGAAACUAUUAAAUAUCUUUGUCUUAAUAAUUCA